AUGGUGCUCCUGCUGCCUAUUGUUUGGCACAUCCGUGAGCGGUCACAGCGCAAAGUGAGAUCCAGGGCCUUUAAGACCUCGGAGAUCUCGGAGACUUCCCAGAAAGAGGCCGAGGAUUCCGAGGACUCAGCUGUUGACUCCCAGAAAGAGGAUUCCGAGGAGGAUUCCAAGGACUCAGCUUCUGAUUUUAUAGGGGAGCCGCCCUCCAAGAUGGAACUGGCACUGCGCAGUAUUCGGGGCUAUGCCUCGGCGGCCCAAUGGUUGGCACCCUACAUCCCGUUAUACCUAGCAACAGAGUCAGCGGAAUCGGCUGGACAGAAAUGGGACCCUGAUGGUAGCCUCGCCAAUGAAUGGAGUAUGAUGCACAAGAAAGGGGCAUCUACUUUAGCAGAGUUCAUUCAGGAGAUGAGCGGCUUUUAUGUCAAGGUUGGGCAGUUGAUUGCCACUCGGGUCGACCUAUUUCCACGCGAAUACUCCAAGGAGCUUACCUUUUUGGUCCAAUCUGUGAAUCCACUGUCCUUUGAAGUCAUACGUCAAGUUAUUGAAAAGGAACUGCUGGAAGGGUACAACCUCGAUGAUGUGUUUGAAUAUGUGGAGCCAGAGCCUUUGGGAAGUGCAUCGAUUGCUCAAGUUCACAGAGCGAGAUUGAAGGAUGGUAGGGAGGUUGCAGUGAAGGUCCAGCGCCCUCACAUUGAGGAGCAACUGUUAGAUGACAUCUCCGUCAUCAAGUCAUUGACGCAACAGCUGCGGGGCGUCUUCCCUGUAGAUUACUACGCGGUCUUCACGGAGCUCGAGGCACAGCUCAAGGAGGAGUUCGACUUCUUCCGUGAGGCCGCGGCCAUGGACCGUGUGGCAGAUGCCACGCAGAACAUGGGCAAAGCUCCUCCCAUUGUGGUGCCCAGAAGUAUCCCUGGCCUAGUGUCAAGCCGAGUGCUUUGUAUGGACUUUGUGCCCGGCAUGUCUCUUUCUCAGAUAGCCAAGAAGUUCUCCGCGUCAAAAAACACCGCGGGGGGCAAGCCCAGCUCGACGAUGCAGCGGGCGGGGCGAAAGAUUCUUGCCUCACUGACUGACGCUUUCGGGACGAUGAUCUUAGAGGAGGGCUUCUUCCAUGCAGAUCCUCAUCCCGGCAACGUCUUCGUGAAGCCGGACGGCACCGUGGCUUUGAUCGACUUUGGGCAGAUGAAGCGCAUCGGCUACAAGUUCCGAAGGGAGUUUUGCGAGCUGGUGGUGAUGAUUGCUGACUGCCAAGACACCCGCGAGGAGUACGAAGCAGGAACGGUGCUCGGGCAUCGUAUGGGGCUGAAGUUCUCCGAGACGGCCCACGAAUUCUGUCCAGUUGCACUCGGGAUGUUCGUUUUGGACUGGUCCAGAAGUGAGUUACCAGGAGGCUACAGCGCCUACGAGCUGUCACCCAGAAAUGUGAUGAAUGAUGUGACAUACUUUCCCCCAGAAUGGGUCCUAACCUGUAGGGCGCUACAACUGAUCCGAGGCCUCGCAGAGGGUUUGGAUGUCCAGUGGUCGCUCCCAGAGCUCUGGCGAGAGAAAGCGCUGAGGGUUCUUGGGAGAGAGAAAGAAAUCAGGGCAAGAAGCCCUUGGGCACGCAUGAGGGAAUGGCUUGGCAGUUUGCGUGCUGCUUAA